GGGAUGUCUGCCCCCUUUGUGUGUUUGUGAGGAUGUUAGCUAAGCUCUGCCUGUAAGGUUGGGGGAGAGAGAAGAGGGGGACGGAGCAACGUGUUUUGGGUCAUUGACGGCUCAUUUUUUUUAUUUCGCUGAUCAGUGGUUCAGCUGGGCUUAAUGAAUGAGCACUAAAUGACAACAACUGCCGCACAAACAGCCUGACUUGUAUUAAUUCUUGUACCGAGAGAGAGAGAGCACACCUCGACCCGGGACUACACACACACUACACACCCACCACCCCCUCCCUUCCUGGACACCCCCGGUCCAUUCUCAAACAGUCCCACGUCAUUUUCCCUCCUCCCUCGCCGACCGAGGAGCAAGGUUUAGGAGGGAUUAAUUCGACCAGCAAGGAAUAUAAUUAAAACGCUGGGAAAAUGUCGGGCAGCGAGGAUGAGAGGGAAGACUUUGGAGUCGCGGACGAGCACUCACUUCUUCACGGUGAGGACGAGCUGGAGGAUGCUGUGUCUGACGUAGACGAGGUACCCAAGUCGAAGAAAAAGAAGAAAGCCAAGAAGAGCAGCCGAGAGAGCAGAAGCAGCAAGAGGCAGAGACCCAUCAGAGAGGAGUUGCCAGUCAGCUCCCCAGAGCACCUGAUUGGAGUAGAAGCAGCAGAGAGAGAUGCAGACGAAGGAGGUGUGCGGUCAGAGAGUGAAGGAAGUGAUUAUGCCCCUGGGAGGAAAAAGAAGAAACGCUCCAGCUCUGCCAAAGAGAAGAAGAAAGGAGGUGCGGCGGCAGAGAAAGGAGGCUCGUCCAGCUCGAAGAGCAAACGCAAAGAUCCAGAACCUGAAGAUGAUGAAGAUGAUGAUGAUGAUUGCCAGCCUAAAAGCUCCACCCAGCUGCUGGAGGCCUGGGGCAUGAAAGACAUUGACCACGUCUUUACUCAGGAAGACUACAGCUCCCUCACCAACUACAAGGCCUUCAGCCAGUUUGUCAGGCCUUUAAUUGCAGCUAAAAACCCCAAAAUUGCUGUAUCCAAGAUGAUGACUUUAAUGAUGGCUAAGUGGAGAGAAUUCAGCACCAACAACCCUCUGAAGGGUUGUGCCACGGCCAACGCAGCCCUGGCAGCUGCCAAUGUGGCUGCAGCGGUGGAGAACAUGGUGGUGGCAGGGACUGACGGAGGGGCAGAGACCGCUGCUGCCGCUUCACAUGUACCUGCUCCUGCUCCUGCCACUGCUCCGACACCUGCCGCACCCCCGGCAACCCCGGCACCUCCGCUCCGCAAGGCCAAGACCAAAGAAGGCAAAGGUCCCAACGCUCGCAAGAAGUCGAAGCCCACGCCGAAGCCUCCGCCGAAGCCCAAACCUAAGAAGGUGGCUCCACUCAAGAUCAAACUAGGGGGCCUCAACAGCAAGAGGAAGCGCUCCUCUAGUGAUGAAGAUGAACCUGAUGUUGACAGUGACUUUGAUGAUGGGAGUUUCUCUGUGUCAGAUGGCUCCAACCGCAGCAGCCGUCCUAAGAAGAAACCCAAGAGUGCGAAGAAAAAGAAGAAAGUGGAGACAGAGGACGGCGAUGGUUAUGAGACAGACCACCAGGACUACUGUGAGGUGUGCCAGCAGGGAGGAGAGAUAAUUUUGUGUGACACCUGUCCCAGAGCUUAUCACAUGGUCUGUCUGGACCCUGACAUGGAGAAAGCACCUGAGGGCAAGUGGAGCUGCCCACACUGUGAAAAGGAGGGGAUCCAGUGGGAGGCCAGGGAUGAUCUCUCUGAUGCUGAAGCAGAGGAUGAGGAAGACAGGAGGGAUGAAGGGGUGGAGGAAGAAGACGACCACCACAUCGAGUUCUGCCGGGUGUGCAAGGAUGGAGGGGAGCUGCUUUGCUGUGACACCUGCCCCUCCUCCUACCACAUCCACUGCCUCAACCCUCCUCUCCCCGAAAUCCCCAACGGAGAAUGGAUCUGCCCCCGCUGCAAGUGUCCACCGAUGAAGGGCAAAGUCCAGAAGGUUUUAACAUGGCGAUGGGGGGAGCCGCCAGCCUCCAUGCCUGUCCCUCGGCCUGCUGACCUCCCUGCUGAUUCUCCUGAUCCCCCGCCGCUGGUGGGCCGCAGGGAGAGGGAGUUCUUUGUCAAAUGGUGCAAUAUGUCCUACUGGCACUGCUCCUGGGUGCUGGAGCUACAGUUGGAGCUGAACUGCCAGGUGAUGUUCCGUAACUACCAGAGGAAAACUGACAUGGACGAACCGCCACCUGUGGAUUUUGGAGGUGAGGGUGAUGAUGACAAAAGCACCAAGAGGAAGAACAAAGAUCCUCUUUUUGUCCACAUGGAGCAGGAGUUUUACCGCUAUGGAGUCAAGAUGGAGUGGCUGAUGAUCCACCGCAUCCUCAACCACAGUGUUGAUAAAAAGAACAACGUACAUUACUUGAUCAAAUGGAGAGAUCUGCCCUAUGACCAGUCAACCUGGGAGAGUGAAGAGAUGGAUGUCCCAGAGUUUGACACCUACAAACAGACAUACUGGAAUCACAGAGAGUUGAUGGUGGGUGAGGAGGGCAGACCUGGUAAGAAGCUGAAGAAGGCAGUCAAAGUCAAGAAGGCAGAGCGACCACCUGCUAAUCCAGUUGUAGAUCCCACCAUCAAGUUUGAUCGGCAGCCUGACUACUUGGACAGCACAGGAGGCACUCUGCAUCCCUACCAGCUGGAGGGGUUGAACUGGCUGAGGUUUUCUUGGGCUCAGGCCACAGACACGAUCCUGGCUGAUGAGAUGGGUUUAGGCAAGACUGUGCAGACUGCUGUCUUCCUCUAUUCACUGUACAAGGAGGGUCACUCCAAAGGUCCCUUCCUGGUUAGCGCGCCCCUGUCCACCAUCAUUAACUGGGAGAGAGAGUUUGAGAUGUGGGCCCCUGACAUGUACGUGGUGACCUACGUAGGGGACAAAGACAGCAGGGCUGUCAUCAGAGAGAACGAGUUCUCCUUUGAGGGAAAUGCCAUCCGUGGCGGGAAAAAAGCAUCAAAGAUGAAGAAAGACUCAACAGUCAAGUUCCACGUCCUGCUAACAUCCUAUGAGUUGAUCACUAUUGACCAGGCUGUGCUGGGCUCCAUUGAAUGGGCCUGUCUAGUUGUGGAUGAAGCACACAGACUCAAAAACAACCAGUCCAAGUUUUUCCGAGUGUUGAACAACUAUCCGCUGCAACACAAGCUGCUGCUAACUGGUACUCCUCUUCAGAACAACCUGGAGGAGCUCUUCCACUUGCUCAACUUCCUGACCCCAGAGCGAUUCAACAACCUGGAAGGGUUUCUGGAGGAGUUUGCAGACAUUGCCAAAGAGGACCAGAUCAAGAAGCUCCAUGACAUGCUGGGACCACACAUGCUCAGGAGGCUGAAGGCUGAUGUUUUCAAACACAUGCCGUCAAAGACUGAGCUCAUUGUUAGAGUGGAGCUGAGCCCAAUGCAGAAGAAAUACUACAAGUUCAUCCUAACACGUAACUUUGAGGCCCUGAACACUCGAGGAGGAGGAAACCAAGUCUCUCUGCUCAACGUGGUGAUGGACCUGAAAAAGUGCUGCAAUCACCCCUACCUUUUUCCUGCAGCCGCCACAGAGGCGCCAAAACUUCCAAAUGGCAUGUAUGAGGGCAAUGCUCUGACCAAGUCUUCAGGAAAACUGAUGCUGCUCCAGAAGAUGAUGAGGAAGCUGAAGGAGGGAGGCCACAGGGUCCUGGUCUUCUCCCAGAUGACCAAAAUGCUAGACCUGCUGGAGGACUUCCUGGAGAACGAGGGAUACAAAUAUGAGAGAAUCGAUGGAGGAGUCACUGGCAACUUGAGACAGGAGGCCAUUGACCGCUUUAAUGCUCCCGGUGCUCCCCAGUUUGCUUUCCUCCUCUCCACCAGAGCUGGUGGUUUGGGCAUUAAUCUCGCCUCUGCUGACACUGUCAUCAUCUACGACUCUGACUGGAACCCCCACAAUGACAUCCAGGCGUUCAGCAGAGCUCACCGUAUAGGCCAGAACAGGAAAGUGAUGAUUUAUCGCUUCGUUACCAAAGCCUCUGUGGAGGAGAGGAUCACACAGGUGGCAAAGAAAAAGAUGAUGCUCACCCAUCUGGUGGUGCGACCUGGUCUCGGCUCCAAGACAGGCUCCAUGUCCAAGCAGGAGCUCGAUGACAUCCUCAAGUUUGGAACUGAAGAGUUGUUCAAGGAUGAAGUCGGAGAGGGGGACAACAAGGAGGAUGACAGCAGUGUGAUCCACUACGAUGAUCACGCAAUUGACCGUUUGUUAGACAGGAACCAGGACGCCACAGACGACACUGAGCUCCAGAGCAUGAACGAAUACCUCAGCUCCUUUAAAGUGGCCCAGUAUGUGGUCAAAGAUGAAGAUGAUGAGGAGGAGGAGGUGGAAAGGGAGGUGAUCAAGCAGGAAGAAAGUGUUGAUCCUGACUACUGGGAGAAGCUGCUUCGUCACCACUAUGAGCAGCAGCAGGAGGACCUCGCCCGAAAUUUGGGCAAAGGCAAAAGAACUCGAAAGCCAGUUAACUAUAAUGACGGCUCCCAGGAGGACCGAGGUAUUAGACAGGACUGGCAGGAGGAUCAGUCCGAUAACCAGUCUGAUUACUCGGUGGCCUCGGAGGAGGGCGACGAGGACUUUGAUGAACGGAGUGAAGCUAAUGCCCGCAGACCAAACCGUAAAGGGCUGAGGAACGAUCGGGACAAACCUCUACCUCCGCUGUUGGCCAGAGUGGGCGGGAACAUCGAGGUUUUGGGCUUCAAUGCACGACAGAGGAAGGCUUUCCUGAAUGCAGUGAUGCGUUAUGGGAUGCCUCCCCAGGAUGCUUUCACCAACCAGUGGUUGGUCAGGGACCUCCGAGGGAAGUCUGAGAAAGAAUUCAAGGCCUAUGUGUCUCUGUUCAUGCGUCACCUUUGUGAGCCAGGGGCUGAUGGAGCUGAGACCUUUGCGGAUGGUGUUCCACGUGAGGGUCUGUCAAGGCAGCACGUGCUUACCCGUAUUGGUGUGAUGUCACUUAUUAGGAAAAAGGUGCAGGAGUUUGAGCAUGUGAACGGUCAGUGGUCAAUGCCCUGGAUGGCCGAGCUGGAGGAGAACAAAAGGGCUGCAGCUUUGGCUGCAGGUGAAGACCCAAAGACUCCUUCUACUGGGACCCCUGCAGACACACAGCCCAACACUCCUGUCCCAGAAGAUUUGUCUAAAUCAGACGACAAGGAAGACAUGAAGAAGGAGGGCGAGGAUGGCAAGGGAGCUAAGAAGGCGGAUGAUCCAGAGAUUAUUGAAAUCCCAGAUGAGUCUGAAAAAUCCCCCGUCUUUGAAAAGAAAGGAGAGGUAGAAUCUGCUGUAGGGAAGGAGGAGAAAGAAAAGGAUACAGGAAAUGGAGAUGAAGGCAAGGAGAAGGAGGCUGAAGACAUGAGCACGGACAAAGAAGAGAAGGACAAGAUUUUGGAGAUGGAGAAGGACACUCCUGCUGAUGUCAAGGGUGAAGGUUCGGAGGACAAGACGGAUUCAGAGGAGGACAAGUCUAAAGCUGAGGAGGGAAAAGAUGAGAAGAUGGACAUCAGUUCGCCAACAGAGGAGAAGAAAGAGCAAAAAGAAGAGAAGGACGGUGUGAAAACAGACGAGUCUGGCAAACUGCAGAACGGAGAGAAUACCAAGGAAGGAGGAACAGCUGUGGCGGUGGUUAACGUCAGUGAAGAGAAGAAAAAAGCCACCAAGCAGAGGUUCAUGUUCAACAUUGCUGACGGAGGAUUCACAGAGCUUCACUCUCUGUGGCAGAAUGAAGAGAGGGCAGCCACCGUCACCAAGAAGACCUUUGAGAUUUGGCACCGUCGCCAUGACUACUGGCUGCUGGCUGGAAUCAUACAACACGGCUAUGCUCGGUGGCAGGAUGUGCAGAACGAUGUGAGGUUUGCCAUCCUCAAUGAGCCCUUCAAAGGGGAGAUGAGCAGAGGAAACUUCCUGGAGAUAAAGAACAAGUUUCUGGCCCGCAGGUUCAAGUUAUUGGAGCAGGCGCUGGUGAUCGAGGAGCAGUUGCGCAGGGCGGCUUACCUGAACAUGACAGAGGACCCGGCCCACCCCUCCAUGGCCCUCAACACUCGCUUCAGUGAGGUGGAGUGUCUCGCAGAGUCCCACCAGCACCUUAGCAAGGAGUCCAUGUCUGGAAACAAGCCUGCCAAUGCAGUUCUGCAUAAAGUUCUCAAACAGCUCGAGGAACUGCUGAGCGACAUGAAGGCUGACGUCACUCGCCUCCCGGCAACCAUAGCCAGGAUACCCCCUGUCGCCGUGCGCCUGCAAAUGUCUGAGAGGAACAUCCUCAGCCGAUUGGCCAGCCGGGGCCCUGAGGUCACUACUCAGAACCAAUCACAGACCUCACAGCAGAUGCAGGUGCCGCGCUGACCAGUCAUCUCGCACAUGUCACUCUCACUGACUGAGGCCAGUCGCCUUCACCUCACCGCCAUGUAGCAGACGUCCUCCCCCUCAACCACCACGUACAGCACAGUCAGGUUAGUUCUCGUUCUGCACCAACAACCCAUCUCCGGACUCAGAAGAGCAUUAGCUGUGCUACUGGACUUUGAUUUCAAAAGACUGGAACUGUAGAUGUAGGAUGGGAGUGAAUGGAAGAAUCACUUCUUUCUGUGGCAGACUAGAAACAAGUCUUUCUCCUCCACUGGGAUCCAGAUUUAACUUGUGUAACCUGAGCACUGUUGAACUGUGGGAAGCUCCACUGACCUGUCCUGUUCUGUCUUUACAGCAGGGUCAAAUAUGUACGUAACUAUAUGUAACAUGAAGCAGAAGAAACUAGACAGGAGAAAAAGCAGCAUGUUUGGAGUUUACUGGUGCUUUGUAGUAAUUUUUUUGGAUUAUUAAAGAAUUCAAGGGAUUUUAUUGUGCUCAUUUUCACCUUUAGAAAAUUGUGAAAUUUUCAGCUUUUUUUUUUUUUUUAAAGUCAUUCAACUCUAAUGUCCUCACUUAUAUGUGUGUGUGUGUGUGUGUGUACAGAGAGUGUGUGUGUGUGUGUGUGUUUCCUGUAUGUAUGUAUAAAAUAGGGCAUACUAAUGUGCACCUCUACUGCAGAAUGCCCCUGACACAGAGAGACUGUUACUGUCACUUUUCUAUCAGUCAGAUCUGUUACCUCUUACCACGUCCUUACCCUCCAUCCCAAACCUCCACCUCUCUUGUCAGGUGACCCGAUCCAGGAUCAGCUCUCUGUGCUCACACCCCAACUAGCACCCUGACAUUCCUAACUGCACCACAAAUUUGCUCCUUGGAAACUCUCCCGUGUUUGCCCGAAAUACGGACAUGCAAUAGCUCCACAGCUUUUAGGUACAUGGGAUGGUUUUGAGAACGAUGGCAAUCUUAAGUUAAUUUAAUUUCUUACUGUCUAUUGUUAUGUUGUUUGACAUUAUUGAGUAUUAUUAUUACGGUUACCACCUUGUCGUUUUUAUCAUUGCUGUUUGUUUUUAUGGACUACAAUAAAAAGUCAACAGUU